CCAAUUCCCUGGUCGGGAGACUCGCGGGGAAAGAUUUUGAGCAAGGGCGAUCGUUCUUUCUAUGUUCUUCGAUCGUUUUGCUCGUUUCACGCUUGGGGGAAUACUAGCGGGUUGGUCGGUUCAGUUGGUUGGUCGGUAGGAGGGAGUGUACACUAGGAACAAGAGAGGGAAAAGGAGAAAAUUUUGCUUGGUAGGUAGGAAGGAGGGUGCUAAACUUCCUCCUUUUGUAAUUACCUAUAAUGAAAAGGAAAAAAUGCGUAGAAGCGUUUGAAAAGGCCCAUUUGAAAAUUUCUUUGUGCUUAUAUCGUUCUUUAGAACCCUAAGCUUGGGGGAGAUGAUUCUUCGAUUGUGGUGUUGGCACGCGCACGGGGCACUUGUUCUGGGCGCGCGGCAGCGAUGGCGCGCUCCAGCAGCGGCUAGAUUGUACUGUUCUUGUCAAGCGGAUCUUUCGCGUGUGCUUGAGAAGGCAGACAGAGCUGUCGAGAGGCAAGAGGUUUUGCACACGGAUUUCCUGACACCGCCCGCAUUGCAAGAGUCGCUUGCGUGCGUGAGAAAGCUCGCGGAUGUUGGAGUGGUCGUCUCCGGUGGCUACGCUCAGGCUGAAAGAUGUCGUCUAUCACUUGGCCCUGCCGAUCUGAUAAGAGCUUCCCAAUGCAGCGCCGGUGGAUAUCCUGGAGCAGUAUCAGCAUUGAGUGUUUCUGGCAAGUUCGUCCAUGAUGCAGCCAACCAUGGGGAUUUUCUUGGAGCAGUCCUGGGAACUGGAAUUGUUCGCGAGAAAGUUGGAGACAUUAUCGUUCUGGAUUGUUCUCAAGGUGCGCAAAUCCUAGUCGUCCCGGAGCUCGUCGAGUAUCUUAUCGCCUCUCUCAAGCAGGUGAGAACCAUUUCAGUCCAAUGCAAAGAAAUACCACUCGCCGAGAUAGAAAUCCAUAAACCAAGGGUGAAGGCUUUGAAAUCUGUGGAAGCAUCGUUGAGGCUGGACGCUGUUGCCAGUGCAGGGUUUAAGCUCUCGCGUUCUAAGCUUGCAGACUUGAUAAGCAAAGGGGACGUAAGAUUGAAUUGGAAAGAGGCAACAAAGAGCAACACGAGCUUGAAAUCUGGGGAUGUUAUCUCCCUCGCCGGUAAAGGAAGACUCCAGAUCGGUGAGAUCGAGACAACAAAGAAAGGAAAAUUUUCCGUGGAAAUGAUCCGCUAUGAGUAAAGAGCAAACCAGGAAAAGUUGUUUGAAGAUCAACAUCAAGCCGUUGUCACCAUUUGCGACCACACAAAUUACUCUAAAUUUAAUUAAUUAUGUUUUAAUAAUU